AAUGCUAGCAAUGCUAGGCUCCAUCGGUAUGGCCAUGAUUAUACUGGCCUGUGCACUUCCAGCGUACAACUUAUGGUGGCCAAUUUUCGUCGUACUGUUCUACAUAAUCUGUCCCUUGCCGACGAUGAUUGCGAAGCGAAACAACGUGGAAGAUCCUUCACGCGCAGCAAACGCAAUGUUUGCUACGAUCGGUAUCGUUAUGAGCAGUUUCGCCCUACCUAUUGUUCUGGCCCGUGCAGAAGUGAUUCAAUGGGGUGCCUGUCUUCUUACGCUGGCGGGUAACGUAGGCGCGUUUGCGACCAUUUUGGCGUACUACUUCGGUUUCGAAUCGAGCGACUCGGGCAUGUGGUGAAGGGCAGCAUACUGUCAUUAGCCCGAUCCGUAAUAUUCAAUGUGCGCAACAAAGCGGCCGAAAUCGUUUUGAUAAGCGAAUCAAAACAUCGCAUACAUAUUCUCCAGCAUCAUAAUCAUCCCUUCAUCUUCAGCUGUGCUAUUCCAUUACGCGUCGUUGUGUGCAACAUUGCACGCAACUAACGAUGCAAUGCUUCAAACACCCGUGUAAGGACAGAUACUGGAAGGGGUGUUUUUUACAUUCAUCAAUACUUUUUUAAAAUCCCGAUUGCGGAUGGAUGCAAAAGAAAGCAGACAUAAGAUUGCAGAUCAAAACUUAAUUAAGUGUAUAAAUUAUUUAACAAUUAUUCAUUGAAGAGCAACUCAAUAAAGUGAAUUUAUUUAGAGAACAU